UUGGUCUCUUCCCUGAUAGCAACCUGGUUAUUUGAUACAAUGUUGUCAGGUCUCUCUUACCUGCAGCCUGUUCUGCUUCACUUGCCAGUGUUUCGUAGAAGUGUCUUUUGUCUUUGCGUGCACUCUUCUUCACUUCUUUGUCCAGUGUUUUAUACAUUGUGCUCAGUUCCUCUUGUCGUUGAGCAUCCUUGCACUGGUUUAUCUUCUGCUUCACCAUCCUCCUCUCCUCUAUCAGCUUCCAGGUAUCCAUCGAGAUCCAUUCCUUGUCUUCUUUCUUCUUCCUUCCUAAUAUGGCUGUGCAGGUUUCUUUCCACAUAGCUUUUAAAGACUUCCAGUGUUCUUCCACACAGGUUUCUUCAGGGAUGUCCCUCGAUGUCUCUCAUUUUGUCUUGAUGGCUGCCGUGAAGAUCUCCUUUGUA